AUGAAGCGGCAGCCAGCCUCCGCGGAAUUUGCGGCUUACCAGAAGAACGUGAAGCACAGGGCUCGUCUGGAUCCUGUCAAUGAGCAACACGUGGCGGCAGCAGCUGCUGCCACGUCAGCACUGCAGGAGAAGAAAGCAGGCGGGCUGACGAAGAAGAACGUGAAGCACAGGGCUCGUCUGGAUCCUGUCAAUGAGCAACACGUGGCGGCAGCAGCUGCUGCCACGUCAGCACUGCAGGAGAAGAAAGCAGGCGGGCUGACGAAGGUGGGUGGAGGGCGGCCGCAUAUAGCGGUGUGCUUGUCUUGCUUCCGAUUCAUUGUUCUCUCUUUCGUCCUUGCUCACUGGCUGGUGGUUGGGGUGGGUGGUGGUGGUGGUGGUGGUGGCGGUGGCGGUGGCGGUGGCGGUGGCGGUGGCGGUGGCGGUGGUGGUGGUGGUGGUGGUGGUGGUGGUGGUGGUGGUGCUGGUGGUGAUGGUGAUGCUGGGUGCACUACAAUAUUUGAUGGUUCGCUCCUCUCCCUUUUCACUGCCGCAUGUCAUCCCUCGCUCCAACCGUCUACUGCCACUGCCUGCACCUCGCCCUUCUUCGUGCGGUGGCGGUGGGUGGACGUGGAGGGGCGGGAGGGCGAGGAGGAGCUGGACCGCGCGGCGGUGAUGCAGCGCACGGGGCUGCAUGCGCGCGACCUGCGCAUCCUCGACCCGCUGCUCUCCUACCCCUCCACCAUCCUCGGCCGCGAGCGAGCCAUCGUCCUCAACCUCGAGGCUGCUGCUGCUGCUGCUGGCGGCGGUGUGCGUGGCGCUGAUGGCUCUGUGAGGAGGCACGACUCAGGCAGUGGCGAUGCAAGGGAGGGGCAUGGGGGUGGAGGGGGGAGAGAGGGCCAUCAAGGGAGAGAGGGCCAUCAAGGGAGUGAGGGCUCAAGGGACAGUGGGAACGCUGUUCAUGGGAGCGAUGCGGCAAGAAGAGUAGAUGAGAGGCGGAGAGUAGAUGAGAGGCGGAGAGUAGAUGAGAGGCGGAGAGUAGAUGAGAGGCGGAGAGUAGAUGAGAGGCGGAGAGUAGAUGAGAGGCGGAGAGUAGGUGCGACAUCAGAGAUUGAGAUGGCGGAGUGUGACGGGCGUGAGAGACGUGUGCCAGUGGAUGGCGAAGGGGAGGAGGAGGAAGAUGAGGAGGAGGAGGAUGAGGAGGAGGAUGCAUGGGAGGGCAUGGGCAGUGCGCACGGGUCGGGGGCAGAGAGUGAGCCGCUCACCCUGCGACUGCGAGUGACGGACGGCGGUGGGGGGGAGGGCACGGGGCUAGAAGCAGAGGGGGGGGAGCGGAGUGGAGGAGAGAGGGGAGCAAGGGGAUGGCAGCAUCAGGACGAAGAGGGGGACGAAGAGGACAUGGAGGAGUUCAAUCAUGCUGUCAAUCAUGCUGGGUUCGAUGUGUCUCAACUGGAACCUCAGCCGGGCUCUAGGCGAACUGUGUUGGUUACUGUGCUCAUUUCUAUUUACAACGCACCCGUCCCAACGCGCUCCCCUGUGCUGGUUACUGUGCCCAUUUCUAAUUACAACGCACCCACGUGCCCCCCUGUGCAUGGUGCAUCAGACCGGCCGUUUGAGUUCAUCGCAUUGGAGGUGGCGUUGGAGCAGGUGUGCCGCGCGCUGGACUCGCACACCACACUGCUCGAGAACGAGGCCUACCCCGCCCUCGAUGAACUCACCUCGCGAGUGAGCAGUCUCAACCUGGACCGAGUGAGAAGCAUGAAGAACAGAAUGAGUCGACUCAUUGCUCGCGUGCAGAAGGUGCGGGAGGAGUUGGAGCAGCUGUUGGACGACGAUGACGACAUGGCCGAGAUGUUCCUCACCCGCAUGGCCGCCGCACCCCACUCCCCCACUGCCACCUCGCUGCACGGCGCUGCCUCCCUCGCCUUCUCCCUCCCCGCCACCGCCGCCCUCCACGCGCCAUUUGCCGCUCCCCAUCUCGCCACCUCCCCUCUCCGCUCGCGGAUGUCCAUUGGCGGGCGUUGGGGCGCCAUGGGCGUGGGGGCGGGGGGUGGCGGCGUGGCGGCGAUGAUGAGCCGCGCGAGUGCAUACAGCAGUGCGCACUCUGACAACGAUGAUAUUGAAGAGCUGGAGCAGCUGCUGGAGGUGAGCGUAAAUGUACGCGCUGGACCCCCCCUCACUGCUCUCACUGCUCAUGCUGCUCUCACUGCUCAUGCUGCUCUCACUGCUCAUGCUGCUCUCACUGCUCAUGCUGCUCUCACUGCUCAUGCUGCUCUCACUGCUCAUGCUGCUCUCACUGCUCAUGCUGCUCUCACUGCUCAUGCUGCUCUCACUGCUCAUGCUGCUCUCACUGCUCAUGCUGCUCUCACUGCUCAUGCUGCUCUCACUGCUCAUGCUGCUCUCACUGCUCAUGCUGCUCUCACUGCUCAUGCUGCUCUCACUGCUCAUGCUGCUCUCACUGCUCAUGCUGCUCUCACUGCUCAUGCUGCUCUCACUGCUCAUGCUGCUCUCACUGCUCAUGCUGCUCUCACUGCUCAUGCUGCUCUCACUGCUCAUGCUGCUCUCACUGCUCAUGCUGCUCUCACUGCUCUCGCUGCUCUCACUGCUCAUGCUGCUCUCACUGCUCAUGCUGCUCUCACUGCUCAUGCUGCUCUCACUGCUCAUGCUGCUCUCACUGCUCAUGCUGCUCUCACUGCUCAUGCUGCUCUCACUGCUCUCGCUGCUCUCACUGCUCAUGCUGCUCUCACUGCUCUCGCUGCUCUCACUGCUCAUGCUGCUCUCACUGCUCUCGCUGCUCUCACUGCUCAUGCUGCUCUCACUGCUCUCGCUGCUCUCACUGCUCUCGCUGCUCUCACUGCUCAUGCUGCUCUCACUGCUCUCGCUGCUCUCACUGCUCUCGCUGCUCUCAGUGUCACCGUCUGGUCUUGUGGUGUGUAUAUCGAGUGGUACUCCUAA